AUGGACGCCGAGCUAAGUUGGCUGGGAUACCUAACAAGUCCAGAACAGGGAGUUGGGCCCGGCUGCUGGCAAUCUUUCCAACAUGGAGCUAUGUACUGGCUACCAAACUUGGGAGCUUUUGCUCUAAGUACUUCUAUAAAUGACAAGUACAAUUCAUUAGGAGGGCCGCUGGGUUCCCUUGGCUUUCCGGUUCACGACGAGCAACCUAUCAACACCGCACCAGGGACGUUUUUCAAGUUCCAAAACGGCAAAAUUUUCUGGCGAAGUACCCCUGAGUCCAUCUCUGUCAGCAUGAAUUCGGUCUACAACUUUUCCAUAGACCAGAUUCAAUGUAUGAGCACUCGCUCUCGAGUCUCAGACACACUAUUUGUUACAGCCUCGAUUAGCAUAUUCGGUCGAGAUCCUGUGACAGUAACCAAAGAAUUAGGUGAUCACGGAGUCGGCUUCACGUAUCCCAACAUUGUACUUGAGAAUAUCCCGUUGGCAGAAGAGGAGAUUGCUCUGUUCGUAUAUAUGAUUAUGAAUAGUGGAGAUUCAGGUGUCAAGAGCAAAGUCGAAUCGAUGGGACGGGAUCUUACUACAAAAGGGGCGCAAAUUGCGGGCGAGAAAGCAGGGCAGGCGAUCGAGGCGGAGAUAGCUGGGAAAGCUGGGUUAGCUGGUACGAUAGCUGCGGUUGGAACAUGGCUUGGUGGCUUACUCGACACUCCUGCCCCGGUGGUGGGCAACGUCAUUGGUGGGCUACUAGGUAGUCUUACUGGUGGAUUUGCCCUACCCGGGACACCACCCGGGGCACCUGGGACUUUUAUUCCAGUAGAUUUCGGACUUGGGCAUCCAUCCCCGCAUCCGCUGUUGCUUAGAGACGCUCAAACCCCCCGAUCAGUGGUUUACGGCCCCCUUCCGGCCGACUGGCAAUGGAGUGCUGCAAAUAGGGUCAACUUUAUCUGUCAUUCGCAGGGCGGCACAACUAUCAGAUAUCUGAUCGAGCUAUUAUCUGGAGCGAAAGGUCCAAACUUUCCACAAUUUCGGGGCGUUGACCGUCGGAGCUGGGUCAAAUCCGUGGUCACUCUAGGCACACCCCAUAAAGGCACAACUGUGACAGACGUCGUGAAUGAUCUCCUUCCCCCUCGUGGCUUAAAUCCACUUAUAGACUUCAUCACAUCGUGCUCAUACGAAUCGAGGCAAGAUAGGAUUUACGACCUCCACCUUGAUCACUGGGGGUUUUCGCGUAACCCAGGAGAGACCUACAGCCAAAUGCGUGCGCGGAUCGCGCCCGACAUUACCACAUGGUGGACUGGGCUACAUAAUGGACUCUACGAUAACAGUAUUUCAGGAAUAGGCAACCUUAACGCAUUCGCCCCCACUCCUUCACCCAAUAUCUAUUACUUCACUAUGUCUUUCUGUGCAACUCGCCCAUUCCCGAAGGAUACUCUUACAACUCAAGAUAUCAAUGGUUUCCUGGCAUUAUUUCCAUUAAAUCAAGUCUGGAAUCCGCUAGGGGUAUGGGGACGUGUUGCAGCUCCGUUUCAACCACUUGGAACUCGGCUCGGGGUACUUCCGUCACUUUAUGCGGCAUUGACAUGGAUUACCGACGUGGCAAACCGCCACCUCCAGAUUAUGCAGUACUUCUCUCAAAUUCCCCGACCCGGCUCACAAAUACCCCGGCAAGACAUGCUCCCACUUAUAAUGUACCCUGCCUACGCCAUGGGAGGGCGAGGCACCACGUUGCCAGGUAUUACAUUACAGGAGUUCCAGCACAACGAUGGCAUUGUUAAUACCAGAUCGAUGGAUGGCCCGAGUACCGGACCCGUGAAUCAUGGAAGUUUUACGGCCCGGCUCGCCGCAGCUGCUCCUGCUAAUCUUAAGGGAAUUUAUUGGAAUUUAGGGGCCAACGCGACUAUUGAUCAUGCUGAUCAAAUUGGGGUAUUCACAGAUCCUGAUACGUUUCGCGAGGUCCAGGUCAUGUACAUGUUGUUUGCAGAGCUUGGAGACCGUCUGCCAUAA